CCGAAUAAAAUACCAUGAAUAAAAAACCAUCAGGGUAUGACUUCAAGAAAAGGCGCGAAGAGAAAGAAGCUAAAGAGGCUGAUUGCGUAAAAAAAACGCGGAAGCUCGAUUGUUAUUUUCGGAGCCAAGAUGCUAGCACCUUUGAGAAAAUACCAUCAGCAACUGAUAGCAAUGCGUCCGAUACAAAAGAUCUAUCAGAAGAGAUGGAAAGUGGUUUAUCAGAGGAAAAUGAAGCAACAGAAAAGAUGGAAGUCGAAGAAAUAUCGCCAUCUUUAGGUGCAUCGGUAUUGAUUGCAGAUUUGGAAAUUGAUAUAUCUGACGUGGCCAAUUUUCCAUCAACAUUGUCAGAGAAUCUGAGAACGCGUAUUAUUCAAACAGGCCCAAAUCAAAUUGAUAUGAAAUUUCCGAUUACGAAUGGGCGUACAUUUUCCUCAAAUUAUUAUUCUAAAACGCUCACGAACAACGAAAGAGUUAAACGGGAAUGGUUGAUUUAUUCAAGGCAGCUUGAUUCAGUUCAUUGUUUUUGCUGUUUACUUUUCAAUUCAAAUGCACAACUCAAUCCGUUCAACGCAAGUCAAGGCUUUUCAGAUUGGAGACAUUUGUCGCAAGCAAUUCAACGUCAUGACACUUCAGCAAGUCAUUUGGAUAAUUUCUGUAUUUGGAAGGAGCAAUUCAACAGAUUAUCGAAUAACACUACGAUUGAAUGUCAAUUGGAAAAGAGUUUGUUGGAUAGAAAGAAGCAAUUGAAGCAGGUGUUUGAACGAUUUGUUGCAAUGACAAUGUUUUUGGCACGACAAAAUAUUGCAUUUGCCGGAACGGACAAUACGAGUGGCAACUUUUAUGAACUGGCUCAAACUAUUGGUGAAUUUGAUUUGGUGAUGAAAAAUCAUUUAGAAAGUAGCUCUCGAAAUAAAUAUCUAGGCCCCGCAACACAGAAUGAACUCAUCACCAUCGUUGGAAAUAAAGUGCGACAACACAUAAUCGACCAAAUCAUUGAAAGCAAGUAUUAUUCGUUGAUUUUGGAUUGCACAUCAGAUGUUUUGGCUCGUACA